GAAUGCAGAAGUGAUAAAGACAAGGUCUCUGUCAUCGAGAAGCAGUUUAAUGUAGGAGAUAAGAUAUGUAUCUAGGUCACCAGGACCAAGAGCAACUGCAGAGGCUGGGAGGGAGGUCUAGGGAGCUGGAGGGUGUGGAACUUUGACUUGGCUGGGGAACCAGUCUAGUCCCAUGGGGGCCCUGAGUGCUGAGUCAUGGUCAGUGGGACAAAUAAAAUGGCCUUCUUUAGGCUCUGGGUGAUAUUGAACUUGAUCUUCCUUCUCUGGGCCCAAACUGAACUCAGCAGGAUUUGGACCCUACCCAACACCCCAUCACCACCAGGGAUGUCGCAAGACUUGGCCUGGGUACUCACUUCCACCCGGACCAAUCCGAAUGCUCCGGCCACCUGGUCGCUCACUCACAUGAAAAUCCCUUUGAACCACAUCCCAGCUGUGUGUAGCUGAGGAAUCCAGCCUGGGAAUUGCGAAACAUCCGGACACAUCAUCCUGCAUUGCAUAUCUGACCUCCAAUAACAGGGAGCCUGGAGGUUCAACCGGAGGAUAUAUAGAAUAGCAUCUUCUCUGCCCACCCACAAGGCCUCCAGACUUCUGGGAUGGCUGGUCCACCUGUCCUCCUCUAGGCUAAGGUGAUCUCUGGGUGGAGAGACACUUGUCUGCCGUCACUCGGGUGCUGCUAAGGCAUCUUGACCUCUCCUAUUCUCUUCCCAGGGAGUUGAUGAGCAGAUUCCACACCAGCUGAGCCAUGUCACAGGAGAAGCAGCAGUCUUCGCAGCCUCCCAGUGCUCCUCAGGGUUCCCCUGCCCCAGGCCCAAGCCCCUGGCGACACCUCUCCUCUGCUCCUGGUGGGAUUCCCAGUUCAGGAGUCUGUCCUUCCCAGUCCCGAAGGCCUGGAGCUCAGAGCCCGGCCCGCGUCAGGAGGGCUCGCCGCCAGCCUCGCUGCCUCAGCGGCGGCACUACCUACCCCUGCAAAGAGAAGGAGUGCUGAGGAGAUCCAGCCAAGGAGGCGGCACAGCCCCGCAGCAGUGAUGCUGUCUGCCUGGAGCACGGCUGGCACUUCUGUGGUCCUUGCUCAGAGGCACUGAGCCCCCUCAGUGGAGGUGCUGCCUCUCCUUGCCCCCAGGACAGCUGA